UUCCGCCCCUGCAAACCUUCUUCCUGCUCUAAUGGAUUUCGAGGAUCUCAUCUCCUUCCCCACCCUCCUCUUCCCUUCUUGAAGUCCCUUCGAAUCUCUCGUUUUGAGGUGCUGGAGCUGCAUGAUCCAGGCGGUUUGUCGAAAGCUGCGGAGGAGGAAAUUCUAGGUUUUUUCCUGUUCAAUGGAUUCGCGCCUAACGGAGGAGCGCACCACGGGCCUGGACUUGAACGCAGGGGAGCUGGAACAAGGAAGUUCGGACUCAGGUGCUGAACUUGUUUCUGAUACUGGAGGAGAAGUAAGCACCAGUGCAGAAUGUUUGGUUUUUCGUAACUCGGAAGGAAGCGUUUUGGCUGCUGACGGAGUCGCGGAUUGUAGCGACGCUGCAGAAAUAACAGAGAGUUUGAGGAAUCGAGAGGAGAAGCAAAGUGGUACAAGAAAUCCUUUCUUCACUGGUUGUGAAGCUGAUCAUACACCAGAAAGGAAUGUGGUUGAGACAUUGAACGUACUGGCGCUUGAUGUUGAAGGUGAGAUCAAGCCAGCCGAGUUUGAAAAGAGUGGUAGUGAAGUUGAAACCUUUGAGAAGCUUGAAUCUUCUUUGACAGUGAAAACAAGUUUGGAGAAUGCUGCACACACUGAUAACUCACUAAAGGGAAGAAUUCUGCUGGCAGGAAAUGAAAUAUUUGAACGCCAUUUGGCGUCUGCAGAUGAAUCUGAAGUUCAGGGAAAGGUAGAAAUGUAUUACAUGGAAAGAGCAGGUGUUAGCAAGACUGCAGAAGCAAUGAAUGCUCAUUAUCCUUGUGAGAACAAAAACAAGGGCAUUCAGUGUUCUCCUUGUGAAGCAAAUUUUAAUGGAGAGAAAGAUGAGUGUUUGAAGAAUGAAGAUGAAGCUGAGCUUGUGGAGGAAGAUACAAGGAAUGAAGAGAAGCAAGAUAACAUGUCAAAUGUCUCAUUCGACAAUGAUUCAGUUGCUUCAGCUCUUCAGGAUAAAGUCCUUGAUUCAGUAGUUUUGGAGCAUCAUAGCCGAGUUGGCACUUGCAAACCUGAAAUUAGUACAUUUGGUGGAGCCCAUGAUCUGGGGAAGGCAGAACCAACCACUUUUGAUCUUGAUGGGGAUGGAGUUGAGAUAGCAGAGGAUACACCAUGUCCAGAGGGUAUUAAGGUUGAGAUCUCAGAGUUUAAAAAUCAAACUGAAUGCAAAGAGGAACCCUUAUCUGAUAAAGUUUGGAACCAGAAAGUUGAUGAACUAACACCACCAGACGAGCAUGUUGCAGUUUCUGUAGUUGAUGAACCUGAAAAGAGAGCUUUUGGUGAUGGAAAAUUGGAAAGCAAGCUUGUUGACACAGAAUGUUCAUCAGGGAGUGGUUCUUCUGCCAAUCAUGCAUUUCUGGAAGCUGACAAGUUGGAGGUUCAGGUGAAUACAGGGGAUGAGUGUAUGGAGGCUAGUGAUGGAAUUGAACUUUCUGGAGAUCCAGAGAAGGUAAUCCAAGUGGCAAAUGAUGAUUCAGAGAUGGGCCUGGGAACUGAUGCAUUGGAUGCAGCUGCUGAAGCUGAUGGAGCACCUAGUCAGAUAUUACUGCAGGAUGGCAAUGCAAUCAAACUACCUCAGGAUUGCCUUUCUAGUGCAGAUAAAAUUGAAGGUUUACAAAAGGAGGCAGUGAAUUGGAAGGUCGUUAAUGAGCUAUGUCAUGGAACAGAAGUUUCUGUAGUCGGAAGUUCUGUUCAGAAUGAAGGAUCAACUCAUAGUAUCUUAACUGAUGAUAUGGAAGUUGUCUGUACGGAUAAUCAUUACAAGGAGUCUGUUGAGUUGGAUAGACCAACUGUAGCAGGUGAAUCUUCCAUGUUACAUAGUUCUGAGAACAAUACUUUUGGGACAGAGAUGACUUAUGUUGACUUGAUUCAGAAUGAUCAUGAUGAAGAAAGCUCCAUCCAGCAAAAACACUUUAAAAAGGUCGGCGUAGUGUCUUCAGAUGGUGAUGAAAACAAUCAAGUGAAUAAUGAUAAAAUAAAUUCAGAUAUGACUGGUCCAAUUAUGGAAGUAAACAUUUCUGAAAAAGAUCCGUUGGGUGAAUAUAUUCCAGAUGUUAGUUUCAUGAUUUCAACAGAGUCUGAUGCAGAUAUAGACAUUCAAGUUGUGGAAGUUGACACUGGAGAUAUUCACUUAUUGGAAGAAGCACACAUGAUUGAGAGGGUUUCUGGUGCAGAAACAGAAACAGAGGAGAUGGAAAUUGAUCGAUGGAACAUGAAAAAUAAUGAAAGUAGUGCUGCAGUAAAUGAUUCCAUUUCAAAUCCUCAAGUAUUAAUGUCAAAGAACCAGUUUGUUGUUGAUGAAAAACUCAGUGUGGGAGAUGCUAGAGUUUCCUCCUCAAAUUUGGUUUUAGAAGCAAAGUCAGACCAAGAUAUGAUGAUUGAUGAAGAACUCUCAAAUGGUAACAAGCAAACAGUCGCACAUGUUGCUGCAGAAGCUGAAAUUUCAAUUGAAGAUAUUGGCCAACAUACCUGUUACUCCUUUCCUUCAAAAGAUGAAUACAAUUUUACUAUUUCUGAUCUUGUUUGGGGCAAAGUAAAGAGCCAUCCUUGGUGGCCUGGCCAAAUUUUUGAUGUAUCUGAUGCAUCAGAUUUGGCAUUGAAAUAUCAAAAAAAGGACAACUUUCUUGUGGCUUAUUUUGGGGACAAGACGUUUGCUUGGUGUGAUGAAUCUCAAUUGAAGCAUUUUGAGAUACAUUUCCCACAAUUGGAAAAACAAAGCACUUCAGAUGUGUUCACAAGUGCAGUUGAUGGUACAUUGGAUGAAUUCUCUAGACGCAUAGGGUUGGGUAUGACUUGUUUCUGUUUGCCUGAAGUUGUCAGCAUCAAUUGCCAAAAGGUUGAGAAUGCUGGGGUUCGUAAAGGUAGCAAUGGCUAUUUGCUUGACAGACCUUCUAUUUUAAGCUACUUUGAACCUGUCAAGCUACUUGAAUAUAUUAAAAAUUUAGCUCAGUUCCCUGAUUAUGAUACUGAUCGCCUGAGCCUUGUGCUUGCUAAUGCUCAGUUGAAGGCACUUUACAGGUCUAAGGGCUAUCCAGAACUUCCUUCUUUUAAUCUCUUUGAUGGUGGAAUAAUUGACUGUGAUGACGACAUUUCACACUUAAAUUCUGAAAGCAUUGGGAAAGAUUUGUUCGAGCAAUCAUGUCAUAUUCUCUGUGAUUCUGGAGAACAGAGAUCACGAGGACACAAAAAACAGAAGCAUGUAUUGGAGGAUGGGAAAAAGCAAAAGAGCUUAUCUGAGUUAAUGCUACCUGAAGAUUCUCAGCUAGAAAAUGGUGUGAUAAUUAAAUCUUUUAUUGAAGCUGAUCAUGAUUCAGUUCCAUGUUCUUCUAGCAAGAGGCACAAGAUUAUUGACAUUGAUUCAUCUGACUCAGCAAGAAGUAAGAAGAGAAGGCCAGAGUCAAUAGGAGAUAUGGAAAUGUGCCUACCAUCACCAGCUAUUAAAAGUUCUUUUAAAGUUGGAGAGUAUAUACGUCGUGUUGCUAGCCAACUUACUGGGUCUUCCUCUAAUCUUAGGACUUCUAACGAGGCAUCUCUGAAGGUCUGUAAAGGGGAUAGUGUAUAUGAUGAUUUUGCGUCUGAUAGUUUUGGGGAUACUACGAUGGAGAGCCCAAGUUUUGAACUAGAUGAUUCAGAGUAUUAUGCCUCUCCAAAUGAAAUGUUCUUGCUGCUGCAUUUGGCAGCCAGAGAUCCUAUUGAAGGGUAUGAUUAUCUAUCUAGUCUAAUCAGUUUCUUCACUAAAUUUAGGAACUACUGUGUUUCUUCUUCUGCUAGUGAAGAGAAACAUCUUGAGGAAGAAAGAGCUGAAAAGGAUAAGAAACGGAGAGUUGAAGCUUUGUCGGUUUUUUCUGAGAUGAUAGAAACUGAUCACAUGAUGGAUUCUUACUGGUCUGACUUGAUAUCUCAUAACCGCCCUACUAAAAUCGAAGUCGAAGUUCAUGCUCCGGCUCAAAGGAAAAAGAGGAAAACUUCAAGACAAACAUCUGCUCUGAUUUCUGUUCCUGUUGUACAAGCCACAGAACAUAUUCAAAUUGGAAUAGCUUGUCCCACUAUGAAGCAAGUGCUAUCCUCAGAUAGGCCCAUAAUCAGUGUCAAUGCAAAGAUAGUCGAUAGGUGUAUGCCUACAGCUUUGGUUUUGAAUUUCAAUAAAUCCAGUCCUCUUCCUUCUGAAGUUGAUCUGAUUAGGAUUUUCUGUCGCUAUGGGCCCAUAGUGGAAGUAGCAACAGAAGUUCAACAGGAGAGCAACAGCGUCAAACUAAUUUUUAAGCGGAUUACUGAUGCCGAGAUGGCGUUUAGUAGUGCCAGAAAAUAUGGAUGGUUUGGGCCAUCACUUCUCAGUUAUCAUCUCAGAUAUCUAUCGUCAACACCAGAUACUUUUGCUGACAUCCAGCAAUCAGACAAUUAUGCUGCACUACCAGAACAUAGCAACUUGGAAACUCCAGGGAAUGAUUCUGAUUCCAAUCUCAAAAACAAAUGUGAUGCAGUAUCUAUGGAGAGUCUCUGUGCAGACAUCCCUUGUGACCAUCCAUCAGUAUCUAAUGCUUAUAUAGACACUAAUUCCCAGAACCAAAGCGAACUAGUAUUCGCUGGGAAUGGUAGAACAGACACUACUGCUGUCCUUCAUACAUCUGCUUCUGAUACUUCUCCAAACAACAGUCUCCUGAUGCAAAGUGAUACAGCGAUCACAGAGGAGAGCAAGACAGACUUUUCUGGUGACCAUCUGUCAGUGUCAGUUGCUUCUCCAGAUUCUGAUGUCAAGAACCAAGACAAUGCAGUACUUGUGCAGAGUAACACUGAUGCCAACCUUCCUCGUGACAUCCAUCCACCGACAUCUAACAUUUGUUCAGAUACUGAUCUCCAAGACAAAUAUGAUACAGUAUCAGACAUAAUUCUCCAAGAAAAUAGUGAUGCCUUAGUCAGAUCCACCGACUCUGACAUUCACAAUGAACUUCAUCCUUGUAUAUAUGAGGUUCUGCCUGAUAAUCUCGAUGACAAAGGUGAUGCAGUAAUGAUAGAGAGCAGGCCAGUUGCUUCUCUAGAUUCUGAUAUUCUGAACCAAGGUGAUGCAGUACCCUUGGAUAGUGACACGAACGAUCUUCCCUGUGAUCUUCAUUCACCAAUAUAUGACACCUCUGCUGAUACCAAUCUCCAAGAAAAGCAUGAAACAGUGUCAGACACCACCAUUAGUGAUGUUAUAGUUAGAGAUUGUGCUGGCAUUCACAGUGAACUUCGUGCUUCCAUAUCUGAUGCUCCAAUACUUAAUGAUCUCCAUGCAAAAAGUGAUGCUUUACUGAUAGAGAGAUCAGUUACAUCUCUAGAUUUUGAUGUUCAGACCCAAAGUGAUGUAGUACUCAAUGAGAGUAGCACCAUCAGCCUUCCUUGUGACCGUCAUCCGUUGAGGGCCGGCUCUUCACAAGAUCUCCAUGAAAAAUGUGAAACGGUAUCAAACAUCAACAUUGAUGAAAACAGUAAUCUUGUAGUUAGAGACGACAAUAACUCUGACUCUGGCAGUCAACAUCAUGCUUCCUUACCUGACGCGGUACUGAUAGAGAACAGUGAGAUACAACUUCCUGGUAGCAUUCACCCAUCAUUUUAUAUUGCUUCUACAGAAGCCGGUCUUCAAUGUGAAAGUGAUCCACUACUCACAGAAAGUAGUAAUGUCAGUUCUUCCAAUACUAUCCAUGGAUCAACACUUGAUGCUUCUCCAUACUCCGAGCCAUGAUAAACUAGUGAUGCAGCACUAGUCGAGAGUUGCAACUUGGAUUUUCCAGGUGGGGUCAGCUAUGUUUUUCCAAAUAUACAUGCUUAUGCAAAUUCAUGCUUUCCAUUCAGCAAAAGCAGAUAGAGUUGUCUUGAACCUUAUGCAAGGUGUAGGGGAAGAACUAGUUACAAGAGUUGCAGAUGUGGAUGAUCAAGAUGGCUAGAUCAUCUUCAAAGAGUUCAUGCCGAUGUGUCAUUAAGGUAUUAUCUCUCUGCUUGAUUUAUCUCAGAAACUCCUAUGGAGCAAUUAAGUGCAUGUUGUAUAAUAGAUGUAAUCUACUUUAUCUUGAGAAAAUUAAUACAAUGUUGAAGCACGCAUCUUCAUGCUUCAUCUAAAA